AUGCUUGUUAAACUACAUAUUGGUAACAAUCAGGUUGAAGACACUGGUGCAUACGAUAUUGCAAGUGUAUUAAGAGUCAACACAACACUUACAGAGUUAGACCUUCAAAAUAAUAAAAUCGGUGAUCAAGGAGCUUUACAUUUAGCAGUUGCUUUAAUACAUAAUGAAGGACUUCAAUCAUUAUAUCUUCAACAAAAUGCAGUCGGAGUUGUCGGUGGACAACAUCUUGUUGAUUCGUUACGAAGUAACACAGUGGGUAGUUCAGAUUUUACGUAUGUUAUAUAUGGUUUUGUUGUUACUACACAGACACUUACAACACUAGAUGUGAGAUGUAAUCCUAUUGGCGUCGAGCUACGGACAUGUAUAGACGAAUUUAUAGCAAGAAAUGCAGGAAAACCAAAAAAGAAACUUCGCACUUAA